CCAAGGUCCAGGGGACUCAUCAACCCGAAUUGGCCUUCCCUGGAAGCACUCAGACGCUCCGCAGUCAAGGGGAUGUGGGCUAAGGGCAAGAGCUGCCUGGCGGCCGGCUUGCUGCAGAAUCAAGUGGCUAUCGUCACCGGCGGGGGCACGGGCAUCGGAAAGGCCAUCGCGACCGAGCUCCUGAAGUUGGGUUGUAAUGUGGUCAUUUCAUCCCGUAAGUUUGAUGUAUUAAAAUCUACUGCAGACGAACUGAAGACCACCCUGUCUCUCACCCACCAGUCUCAAGUCACCCCCAUAAAAUGCAACAUCCGUAAGGAAGAGGAGGUAAAUAAUUUGGUCAAAUCCACCUUAGAUAUUUAUGGUAAGAUCAAUUUCUUGGUAAACAAUGGAGGAGGCCAGUUCACGUCUCCUGCUGACCACAUCAGUGCAAAGGGAUGGCACGCGGUGAUUGAAACCAACCUGACGGGCACCUUCUAUAUGUGCAAAGCAGUUUACAGCUCUUGGAUGAGAGAGCAUGGAGGAUCCAUUGUCAAUAUCACUAUGCUUACUAAAAAUGGAUUUCCGGGAUUUGCGCAUAGUGCAGCUGCCAGAGACGGUGUUUACAGCCUCACCAAAACCUUGGCUUUGGAAUGGGCCAGCAGUGGAAUAAGGAUCAACUGUGUUGCCCCUGGAAUCAUUUAUUCCCAGACUGCUUUUGACAACUAUGGUGAUUUGGCAAAAGACUUAUUUGGAAGGUCCUAUCAGAAAAUUCCAGCUAAAAGACUUGGAGUUCCUGAGGAGAUUUCCCCCUUGGUAUGCUUUCUGCUAUCUCCAGCAGCUUCCUUCAUCACCGGACAGUUGGUGGAUGUAGAUGGGGGCCAGUCUCUGUAUAAUCACAUGUUUUAUGUACCAGAUCAUGACAACUGGCCGGAGGGAACAGGGGACCUUUCUGUUGUCAAAAGGAUGAAAGAGUCUUUAAAGCUUAAAGCCAAUCUCUAAACUAAAGAAAGAAGGAGGUGUCUUUUGUCCCAAAAUGCCUUAACAUCUUAAGAAUGCAUUUUUGCACUUUAUAGGAGCAUGUAAUUUGUAUAGAAAAAUCACUUUGUGUUUUUUUUAAUGUUUUCAAUUUUGUCUAUGCAAAACUAUUCCUGAAAUAAAUGCAUUUUUAAGUCCCAACUAAUACCAUUUAACCUGUAGUUUUUUUUAAAAUUAAGAAUGGAAAUCAACAUACUUUAUGAUUAUACUUUGAAUUCUAAGAAAGGUAUUUGAAGAGUGGAAUACUUUCUAAUUAAUAAUAGAGAUAUCAUGAUCUCCUAAAAGGUUUACUUGUAAUAAAUCUAAAUUGCGGCACCAUUGUGAUUCCAACAACUGGAGUUAUAUAGUGACUAAUUUUACCUGGCAAACACUUUUGAACCAAUAAAGCUUUAUGGUAA